CCUCCGUAGGUUUCCCUCGAACUUCAAAGAAGCCCCGGCCGGGCGGGGUGCAAUCGUAGUGCGGCUCACGAGUGACAAUUGCGACUACUCCACGCUGCUAAUUGCUCUGACAAGAUCCUGGCUACGUUUCGCAAUGGCUGUCCAUUCUAGGGGUGCCCGCUGGCCUUUCCGACGACAGCUUCUUCGAGCUGUGGUGUUUCAGUUUCGUCACUGAGUGGUCUGUCUGGUAUACAUCUCUACUCACCUCAUUCUUGACAGUUCGUUACUAAGUAUCUCGGAACAUCUGGCUCCCUAGAACACCCAUCGCUCUGUUUACUGCAAUGCAGAUAUUUCAUCUGCUUUCCACCCGGGUCCCUCGAUCUCCGAUUCAUCCACGCUAGGUACCGCACCGCAUUGCAUAGCGCCACAUCGCACGGCAGCUUAAAACCUAGAGAUUGCGUCCCUGGGAGCAGGUAGACUUCCAAUCAAGCCUCCCUCGAUUCAGAUUUCCGAUUCGGCUUAGCCCCCGCGGCGUCUUGCUAGGCGGCAGCUGAUCGUUCUCCCGCACCUUAACCUAUAAAACACGCUGUCGUCCUCCUUCUCAAUACUCCUGUUGCCCACGACUUUGCACAGACAACUUCGCCCACCAUGACGUGCCAUAUUUCCUCACUGCCCCAAGAGCUCGUCGACCACAUCAUCGACAUCGGGGCAGAGAACAAGCGCUCGGCAGGGAGUUUGGCUCUCACGUGCAAUUCGUGGACACACCGGAGCUCCAAACACCUCUUCAACUCCGUCAGCAUCUUCACGACGCAGCUGCAUGAGUUCCUGGCGCAUGCGUCGAGCUCGCACAGGCUCGCGGCGCACGUCUUCGAGUUCUCGGUGUCCCAGCCGCUGCACGGUCACGACGGCUUCGACCUGACGCCCUUUGUGCACGACAUUCUCCAGACGCUUCCCAACCUUCGGAAGCUGUCGAUCUUCGGAGAUAGAAUCAGUGUCCGCGCUGGGCUGACGCCGACCCCGGACUCGCACGGGCGUGACCUUGCGCUCCUCCGGCUUUCGCGCAUUCACAUCGAGGCGCUGCCGGAGCUUCUGCGGCUCUUCGGUCGCGUCGGCACGCUAGAGCUCGACCAAGCAUACGUGCAGGAAUCGCAGUGCCCGCCUGUGGGCAGCGGGCACCUGGCCGUGGACACCUUGCGCUUCGAUGGAGGCGUGUCAGAAUUUGAGGCUCUCCGGCUUUCUCUUGACAAGUCGUCGCUGAGGAGUCUGCGUCUCAAGUUGGACGGCCACUUCCGUGUGGAUACGGCUCCUAUCAACCUCUUCUUGCUGACGGUGGGUCGAAACCUGGAGCAGUUCAGGUUUGAGCUGCCUUUGGAUGGUUGGGUGGUUGCUGGCCCGGAACAAAAUGACCUGGAGGCGCUAAAGCAGCUGCUACGUCUGCGUUCGGUCGAGCUCGUUUCACCUCGACGCGCCAUCCGUCGUAGGGGCACGACAAUAUCCAAAACAUUGUGGCUCAAUAUGUUGCCCGCUCUUCGCUACAUCCCACCCACCGUCCGCCAUGUUCGGCUAUACGCCAACCUCUACCACGUACAUCCCGCCAUGCUCGCCGGUUGGGACUACUCCUCACUGCAGGACAAUCUCACUGGCUGCACGAGCCUGCAGGCGGUGGACAUCACGUUAUUAACGGAGCAGGACCGCCUGACCGUGCCUGUAGGCGAGGAGAAAUGCGCAGACGUGCAGAAGGCGGUACAUGCGCGGAUGACGAGCGGCUCCGGAAAAUUGCUGCGGUUCAAUUGAUGCGCUUUGAUCCUUCGCAAUAUUUGUUUCGUGGGUGAUGCUGUUUGUUUCUUCUCCUUACUCGUUAGGGUACGGGGCGUGUCGGGCAGCGUCGGUGUACUGUAUGUCAGGGGGCCUGUAUUACCAUAAGGUAUAUUUAGUCUUGUACCCACUAGCGAACUAUUUAAUGUCUAUGGCAUGCUUUCCUCGCGCUUCGGGGUAUGCAUACGAUACAUCUGUCGGGGUGAAACGC